GACGGACGAAGAAGAAAAGUUUUGUGAGCGUUGUUCGUUCAGUUUCUCGAUUUAUUUCAUAUUGCUGCUAUAUUUUCUAUCGUGAGACAGUUAAUAGAGCUACUUUAAAAUGGGGAAACGACAGCAUCAGAAAGAUAAGAUGUACUUGACGUACACAGAGUGGUCGACAUUAUACGGCGGCAGGAAAUCGGGGACGAAUCUCGAAACGAGCGAGGAGAAAACGUUUAGACGUCUGCCUUACGAUCACUGCUGCUUGUCUCUGCAGCCUUUCGAGCAUCCUUACUGUGACCCGCAUGGCAAUGUGUACGAACUAGAGGCUAUUUUGCAGUACUUAAAACAGUUCAAGCACAAUCCCAUAACGGGGAAACCACUGGACGCUAAGAGUCUCGUCAAGCUAAAUUUUUACAAGAACAAGCAGGACGAGUACCAGUGUCCCGUCCUCUUUAAAUUGUUCACGAAACAUUCGCACAUUGUUGCUGUUAAAACCACGGGAAAUGUUUACUCUUAUGAGGCUGUUGAACAGUUGAAUAUAAAAACUGGAAAUUGGAAAGAUUUGAUAAACGAUCAACCAUUCACCCGCAAAGACAUUAUCACGAUUCAGGAUCCAAAUAAUGCAAUGAAAUUCAAUCUGUCCUCGUUCCAUCAUAUUAAAAAUAAUAUAAGAGUAGAAGACGAAGAGACCGUGAGAGAAAGGAACAAUCCAAAUGCAAAAUUAAAAACCGUCUCGGGGGAAACCAAGGACAUCCUGGCGGAAUUGGAGAGAAACUACAAGCCUACGAAAAGCGAAAAGGAGACGUCUAUUCAGAAAGCUGAUAAAUUUAAUGCUGCUCACUAUUCCACUGGUGCAGUUGCUGCGGGAUUUACUUCGACGGUAAUGCCGGCGGAGACUACUCAUCAGGCGGCUGUAAUCGCGGAGGAUUUGGUGCGAUACGAGAGAGUCAAAAAGAAGGGAUAUGUGAGAUUAUUCACGAACUUUGGGGCUUUGAAUCUUGAGCUUCACUGCGACCUGGUUCCGAAAACCUGUGAAAACUUCACGAGACACUGCCAGAACGGUUAUUACGACGGCACGAAGUUCCAUAGGUCGAUACGAAAUUUUAUGAUCCAGGGCGGUGAUCCAACCAACACGGGCAACGGCGGCAAGUCUAUUUGGGGCAAACCAUUCGAGGAUGAGUUCAAGCCGAAUCUAGUUCAUCAAGGCAGAGGCAUUCUGUCCAUGGCAAACUCAGGUCCAAACACCAAUGGAUCCCAAUUCUUUAUCACGUUUCGAUCGUGCAGACACCUCGAUCGCAAGCAUACGGUCUUCGGAAAGAUCGUCGGCGGCCUGGACACGUUGAACGCGAUGGAAAGAGUGGAGGUGGACAACAAAGACCGACCGAUAGAAGAUAUAGUUAUACAGACUGUCCAGGUUUUUGUGGAUCCCUUUCAGGAAGCCAACGAUCAGCUCGCCGCAGAACGAGUCGCUGAAACAGAACGAUUGGCCCAAGAAGCGAGUCAGAACAAACCGGUAGAUAAAACGGACAAGAACGACGCCCAGAAGGUUUAUCGCUCGGGCAUAGGGAAAUAUGUGAAACUGGAGCAGGAGAAAUCGGACAAAUGGGACGGGAAUGCGGAGCCUGCCAAAAAAAAGAAGAAGGCUCCAUUGCAGUCGUAUGGAGAUUUCUCUUCUUUCACCUUCUAACAAUUAGAAUAGCAAAUGUACAUACAUGGUGUAGUAUACUAUACAUACAACUUCUCUGGCGGUUUGCCAUAAAGUCUCCGGUAUACCCAGAUUCCUAUUGACGAGUUAAAAGACAAAAGGUACAUAACUGUCAAAACAGCAAGGAAUAUCACGAGACACGGUAGUGUCUCGUGCCAAGUAUAAGCGAAAAGUUUUAAAGUGACAAGCUAGAUUGAUUAUUACGCUGCAUGUGUAAAUAUAUGAUCCCCAUUGUCGAAAAUACAAUCCCCGAAGCCCGUAUCGGACUACGGAUUGAGAUUGUGAUUAGAGUAAAAUUCACUAAACUUGAGACUAGUAAACUUUACUCCGAUCAAAUUUCAAUCUAAUCUCAAUCCGUAGUCUGAUGCGGGCUUAAAAAAAAGAUUGCAACUUGCCAACAAAGCAAAUUGAAUAAAGAAUAUUUAUUUAAAAAAUUAGUAAGGCUUAUAUGUGAUAAACAAAUUCGAGGAAAUAAAGCUGAAAGCUGUGACGGGCUGUUAGUGAUUAA